AUGGCAGCAGUUCCUUCCACUAUAUCUCUCUCGGCUCUCUCUGUAUUUGUUGAACAAAAGAAUGUUGAAGUGAAAGGAAUUGAAUUGUGGAAGAUGGAGGAUGGAAGGUUACUUGCAGCUGGAGAGUCCCCAUGGAUGGAGAAGUUUGGAAUCAAAGGAAAAUUGAAGCCACGUUUCAUCGGGCCUUACGAGAUUCUUGACGAAGUAGAUCCGGUGGCAUAUCGUUUGGCAUUACCACCAAGCCUUGAGAAUAUACACAACGUGUUUCAUGUAUCUCAACUCCGAAAAUAUGUUUAUGACCCGAAGCACAUAAUCCACUAUGAAGAGGUUAGUCUAACACCAGAUUUAAACUAUGAAGAGAAACUUAUAGCUAUCCUUGAUCAAAAGAAACAACAGUUACGGAAUAAGUCAAUAUCAGCAGUGAAAGUUUUGUGGAAUCACCAUGGACAAGAAGAGGCAACAUGGGAGUUAGAGGAGAAAAUGAGAGAACAAUACCCAGAAAUGUUUAGGUAA